UAGCCGCUAGUCACGUAUCACGCCCUGCUGUUAUGACCUUGUGAUCGACAAGACACACUUCGCCAAGCGGAUGCGGGGAAGAACUAUCCUUGGUCAUACACGAGCAGGGUAUUGAGUCUGCUACCCCGGUGGUUGGUAAAAUCAGGUGUACGAGUAGAGUAUAAGUAGUAGCAGAGAAGUGCUACACUAGGAUCGUGAUUGACCGAGGCUGGGGUAUGAAGUGAGACACCGUUGUCAACCGCCUUUAAGUCAACCUACUACUGCUAAGCUACCCUCUUCUUUCACACUACGUAUCGUUUUAUAUCCCAUGAGGUUUUAAAGCUUUAUUCACCUAGCUUCAUAAAUCACUGGUUGUGGUGGUGCUACAGACUUCACCAUGGACAAUGAUAGUGACAAAGGCGCCUACGCCUUCGACCAGAUCGAGAAACUCGAAACGGGUCGGCAGGUCGCAUCAGAUGAAGUAAUUGAGCUUACCGAAAGCGAAGGAAAGAAGAUUAUCCACAGAAUUGAUCGUAGACUACUGGUAACUAUAGGUUUUAUGUACUGCAUCAGUCUCAUAGACCGAACGAAUAUCUCGCUUGCUGCUAUCGCCGGCCUCGCCCAGGACCUGGUUCUCACUGGCAAUCGAUACUCGAUUGCUACUCUGGCCUUCUUCCCUACCUACAUCGUGUUCCAGCCUACGUCGACCGUGCUCGUCCGCAAACUUGGUCCCCGCAUCCACAUAGCCUUUAUUACUGCCGCCUGGGGCGCCGUUAUGCUUGGAAUGGGCUUCGUACAGACGUUCGGUGCACUUACGGCUCUGAGGGUUUUGAUAGGUAUUUUGGAGGCUGGGUUCUUCCCAAGCGCAGUAUAUUUGCUAUCAACGUGGUAUACAAGAUAUGAACUGGGCCGACGUUAUGGAUUGUUUUAUCUGAUUGGCUCAGUGACUUCCGCUUUCUCAGGCAUCAUCGCUUUUGGUAUCACCCACCUUGAGGGUGCUGGCGGGCUCAGAGGUUGGCGAUGGAUUUUCGUAAUCGAAGGCAUUCUCACUGUCCUUCUCGGCAUAGCCGGAUAUUGGCUCUUAGUAGACUUUCCAGAUUCCGAUCGCAAGAACUGGAAAUUUUUGUCCGAGCAGGAACGUGCCUGGGUUGUUAACCGUGUAAAUGCUGACCGUGGCGAUGCUGAGACACCUAAGUUUCGGCUCGGUCACUUUCUCAGGGCUGGGCUUGACUGGAGACUCUGGGCUUACGGUGUGAUCGCAUUCGGAAGUACAACCGUGACUUAUGCUCUGGCAUUUUUCCUACCCAUCAUUCUUAACGAGAACCUUGGCUUCGACGUGGGCGCAUCUCAGGCCCUUGUUGCGCCACCCUAUGCCUUCGCAGGACUUUUCAUGUAUGCUAUGGGCUGGCUAGGAGAUAAGUAUCGCAUGCGUGGACCCAUUGUUGUCAUCAACAUGGUUGUUUCGCUCAUUGGACUGCCUCUGCUCGGCUGGCAUCCAGACGCGAAAGUCAGGUACUUCGGUUCAUUCCUCCUCGUCGCAGGAGCAAACUCCAACGUACCGGCGUCUCUGGCGUACCAGGCUACCAACAUCCGUGGACAGUGGAAGCGUGCUUUUGCCAGUGCGACUUGGGUCGGCUUCGGCGGAAUCGGUGGUAUUGCUGGAAGUUUGGUGUUUAGAGCGGAGGAUAAGCCAGAUUACCGGCCGGGACUCUGGGCUUGUAUUGCUGUGUGUGUGUUAAACAUUCUCGUCGUUGGCGUCUGCACUUUGUCAUUCUACCUUGACAAUAAAAAGGCAGAUAGAGGCGAGAAAGAACUCGAAGCUGAAGAUGAGGGUUUCCAACCCGGCUUCCGCUAUACGUAUUAGUACUAGAAAUGGAUCAGUAGCGUGUGUGAUUGAAUGCUACUG